AAAUGGCCAGAUAUUGAUAAUCAUUAGCAAACAUUAACGAAUUGUUCAAUCAAUCAUGUUUUUCAUACAGUCAAUCAUAUUUUCUGCAAUUCUGCUUUCAUCAUUCUUUACUGUUUCUAUUUCUGUUAAUAAAAAGAAUGAUUUAAAAUAUAUUCCACAACAUCAACCAUUGACAUUGAUUGGUCAACAUGUACCACAAUUACCUGCCUGUCCAUCAGGUUUGACCUAUUCACCAAAAUAUUAUCGUUGUAUGCCCAAUUAUGUGUCGGCACCUGCACAUGUACCAGCCGUAGCUGAAAUUGAGAUUCAACCAACUUUUGUAGCUGCUAGCCAUCCGAAUCCAUAUGCAGCAAUAGCAUCUCCGGAAAUACCAGUUUUAGCUACAGUUGAAGUUGAACAAGAAUCAGUAGCACCUGAAAUCGAGCUGCAAUUGCAUGAAGAUCCUAUGACCAGUUUAGCUGAAUUACUCAAUCUUGUUUUAAUUAAAUUUGAUCGUAUUGAAAUGAAAUUAGAUGUAGCUGUGACCGGUGUCAAUGCAUUAAGUCAAGUAAUGGUUCAAGUUUUACCACAAUUGGCCCAAACAUGUCAAGUUAAUGGUGAGGGUGGCUUUGCUUCUUUUUUACCAUUUUUUGAUAAAAUGGAUUCCGAUCAACAGAAUGCAGCAGCUGCUCUUCAAUCAAUGUUAGAUCAUAAAAUGUUUGAGGCAUUCGAUUCAGAAGAUUCGCAAGCAUCAUUUUCUGAUAAAAUGGAUUCGACAAAUGAUAAUGAAAAACAAACGGAAAAAAUUGAAAAUGAACAAAAACAACCGGAAUCACUCGAAACAUCAACAAAUGACCAAAAGAAAACAGUUAAUCUCAAACAAAAUGAGCAAUUACGAAAAGAGCAAGAAUUAUGGCGAAAUAUUUUGGAAAAAAUUCGUCUACAAAUCAGCCGUAACAGCGAAAAUCUAAAAUCUAAAAUCGAAUCAAAAGAAUAAAUUUUUAUUUGAAAAAAAUUACAA